AUGCCGUCAAGAGCUGCUAUCUCGAGCCCAGCGACUGUCAACGGCAUGGAGACCAUGGACGCAUUGCCAGGCUUGCAAUUCAAUGAACCACUGUCAUGGCGCGCCGGAAAGCCAAUCGCAGUAGCAGAUCUUCUGCGAAGACUUCAAGCGCUGUCGAACGAGAUGAGGAACAUGGAACAGGAAGAGAAUGACCGAAACUCGUUCUCUCGAGUCGCUAAAGAGCUAGCCAGCCCAAACCUAUUGACGCACAAGGAUAAGGGAAUCAGAGCAUGGACAUCAUGCUGCUUGGUUGACAUUCUACGAUUAUGUGCGCCUGAUGCACCUUACACUGGUCAUCAGCUGAAGGAUAUUUUCAACAUGUUCAUUAGUUCUAUACUGUUUGCCCUAAAGGAUCCUUCAAAUGCGUACAACCAGCAGCAUCUUUACGUCCUUAACUCCCUUGCGGAGGUGAAAAGCAUAGUCCUUCUCACUGACAUUCAGGAUUCUGAAAAGCUGACCACGAAUCUUUUCACGGGCUUCUUCGAUACUCUGGCGGGCUCUAACUCUUCCACUGCUGAAGAACAAAUAGGCAAGACCGUUGAGAUUCAAAUGACCUCGAUCCUUAUUACCAUGGUGGAAGAGUCAGCGUCACUUCCGCAGGAAGUAAUUGAUGUGAUUGUCGCGCAGUUUCUGCGGACAGUCAAUAUUGAUAAUGAAGGAGUUGCCCCCGCGUACAACAUGGCUAAGACAGUAUGCAACACCUGCUCUGAACGUAUGGCAAAACACAUCAGCCAAUACUUCAAUGAUAUCAUCGUCGACGCGUCUUCUGCAGCCGCCGAAAGAGGGACGGCUAAGAGAAGAAGAAUCAGUGAAGACAUGGACAGUGCAGAUUUGGAUGUGUCAUUUGGGCCAACAGACGAAGAUUUGAGAGAAUUACGCAAAGCGCAUCAAUUGCUCCGAGAGUUGUGGCGUGCUUGCCCAAAUGUUUUGCAAAAUGUUGUACCUCAGCUAGAAGCCGAACUAUCUGCGGAAAAUGCCCAUCUGCGUCUCCUUGCUACCGAAACCUUUGGGGAUAUAGUUUCUGGGAUUGGGGCGGCGGGGUGCCCUCCUCCGCCAACCCCGAAUCCGCUCACCUAUCCCUAUACUUCCUUAUCUGACGCCCACGACUCUCUCUCGGACCAGAACGUCUUAGUAAAGCCGUCAUCGCCACAACCAUUUCCCCAAGUGUACCCACAUGCAUACAGUAACUUCCUGGGUAGAUGCAACGACAAAUCGCCCAUCAUCAGAGCAGCAUGGACCACUGGGAUUUGCUGUAUUUUGAGAACAUCGGCCGGCGGCGUCGGCCUUAGUCAAGAGGAAGAAGAUCAACUCAUCAAGGGCCUUACGCGGAUGCUCGGGGAUGCCGACGAAAGAGUUCGCCUUUCAGCUGUGAAGGCUAUCGGCACGCUGAGUCUACGAGAUGUGGUUUUGAAAAUCAGGUCUGCAGGCGGCAUCGAGCAGUCCGGAUCUACGCUAGCCGUCAUGGCCGAGAGAAUGCGCGAUCGAAAACACAUCGUACGAACGGAAGCUAUGGUCGUUUUGAGUCGCCUUUGGGGGGCAGCCGUUGGCGAGCUACUUCUAGGUGAUGACAGAGUAAGAUCGGCGUUUGGGUCCGUCCCCACGAAGAUAUUUGAGACAUAUUUGACCAACGACCUGGAUAUCCAUAUGCUCAUUGACCAGGUUGUAUUCGAGAACCUGCUGCCCCUAACAUUUCCGCCUUCGAAAUUCAGUAAACAGCCACUCACAAACGGUAAAGCAUCAUCAUCAAGAGAGACGCCAGUCAACGAUGUUCCAAUAGCCAACGAAGUCAACCCUGACAGAGUCAGGACGGAGCGAAUCCUCCUCCUGGCUAAAGACCUUGACGAUAAAGCUAGACAAGUCUUCUACGCACUCCAACACAGACAGCUUCGCAUGGUCAAAGUUGUGAGCAUGUAUCUCAAACUUUGCGAAGAUUACAAUGGUGGAGUCAUGGAGAGGAAGGAAGAUGAGAUCAAGGCUCAUCUAUCUAAGCUUAUUCAAAGCAUUGCGAAGUUAUAUCCGGAUGCGGCGAAAUUCUCUGGACAACUGUGGAAGUUUGCGAAGAUGCACGACCGUCGAGCAUAUCAGCUGAUUCGUUUUUGCAUGGCCCCUGAAAGUGACUAUCGAACAGUUUAUAAAGCUAUCCGAGAGUUUACGAAACGCUUCGAGCAGUCAGCGUCCGCGCCUCAAGACCUGCUGAGCUCUCUCUUAGCAUUGCUUUAUCGCGUAGCUUCACUGGUCUACAAUCGAAGCCUUGUUCCCGCCAUCAUGGAGUUUUCUCGGGUAGAGGAUGGCGCCUUGACUGCUACAGCACACGAGAUCCUUCGAGACAUCUCUACGCAAACACCAGAAGUGCUUAAAGCUCAGGUGCAGGGGAUAUGCAGAUAUCUGCAAGAUGACGCCCCCAGCAGUGAGAAGUCGAACGACAUGGCUGCCGUCGACAAUCUCAAAGCUUGCGCAUCAUUUGCCAAGCGCUUUUCAGAAGAAAUUCCCAAGGAUCGUCAUUUCGUGUCAUCGAUAACAGCGUAUGCGCUGUAUGGCCAACCAGCCUCAGCGGCCAAAUACGCAGUUACUGUCCUUGUAACAGCAUCUGACAAGAAGGAAUUGCAUGCUCGAGAGCUGGUCCAAAAGUGCAUCAAGGGCUACGAAUACGGAAAGACAGGCUUUGCUUCACGUCUCGCGGCUCUGUCGCAACUGAUUCUCCUCGCACCGGAGCAAGCCAGCCAGCACAAUGAUGCCAUAAGUGAGAUCGCAAUAGAGCAAAUUCUACUUCAAGCGCGAACGCCUGCAGCAGAGUCAUCAGAAGCGUAUUCAUGGUCAGACACCCUCGAUGAAGAAUGCGAAGCUAAAUGCUGGGCAUUGAAGAUUCUCGUGAACCGCGUCCGAUCUCAUAACGACCCCGAUUCCUUACAAAAGAUAGCAGGGCCUGUCUACAGUACUUUAGUACGCCUUGUGAAAGGCAUGGGCGAAGUCCUGCCUUCCGAGAAGACUCCCUCUGCGCAUAAGUCUCGCCUACGUCUACAUGCGGCAAAGCUUCUGUUGAAGCUCUGUCUCAAAAAGCAAACCGAUGCACUUCUCACGCCUGCGAUGUUCAACGACUUUUCACUAGUUGCACAUGAUCCUCUUUCACCCGUUCGCAACGCGUUCUUGAAGCAGCUCAAGAAACACCUUGGGGCAACGAGAUUGCCCCCGCGCUUCUACGUGAUUCCAUUCCUCUUCGCCUUUGAACCUGAGAAGCCUCUCAAAUUCGAAACGCUCACUUGGCUGCGGAGUCGGACCAAUUACUUUCACAAUCUACAAAGCGAGCGUCAGAAUUCCAAAGCUACCAUUCUAAUGGAAUCAAUCUUCGCGCGUUUUAUUUCUUUAUUAGCCCACCACCCUGAUUUUACCACAACGAGUGCAGACCUUGUAGAUUUUUGUAGAUAUAUAAUCUUCUACCUUCAAGCAGUCGCCAGCGAGGACAAUUUGUCUCUGGUCUUCCACAUCGCUCAACGCAUCAAGCAAUCGCGGGACGCUAUCGAAGCCUCUACUGAAAUGGACGACAACCUAUACCAUCUCUCUGAUCUUGCACAGCUCACGAUCCGUAAAUAUGAGGAAGCAAAUGGCUGGACGAUUCAAACCCAACCGGGCAAAGCUAGCCUCCCAAAAUCGCUCUUCACAGACAUCAAAGACCACGAAGAAGCUCAAGCAACGGCCGAAAAGAACUUCCUCCCUAGCGACGUUGAGGAUGGCGUCGAGGAGCUCGUGAAGAGAGCCCUGAAGAAUGCGAAAACUCAGAAUCGAAAACGCAAGUCUGAAACAGAAGCACCCGGAUAUGAUGGUCGAGAAUUCAAGAAGAGUAAAUCUUUUCCCAUACGUAAAGCCAUCGGCAAUAAAGAUAAGAAGCCUGCCUCCCGGACCAGAAAUGGCAUCAGCAAAGCUUCUAAGAAGCCAGCGAAAGCCACGAAGAAGAACAGCAGCGGUGACAACAUUGCGACAUCUGUAGAACGCCGUAGAAGCGGUCGCGUAAAAGGUGGCGAAGGUCUUCUCAAGGAGCGAGACUCGGAUGAAGAUGACGAGGAGAUGAUGGAUGGAGUUGCGGAAUGGACGUAUGCGAAACAGGACGGUAAGGGAACGGACGUGAGAGACGACGAUUCGGGCGACGAUGAUGGCAUGGCGCAUGAGAAAGGGAGUGGAGACGGAAGUGAGGCGGAGAUUGAUGAAUGGGAGGCGCCCGGGUCGCCGUCGCCGAAACAGAGGCCUAUAGCGAAGAAGUCGGGGGGCGGGGGAAGGGGCACUAGGGGUGGUCGACCUAAGGGGAAACGAUGA